AUGGCAAGCCAGAAAAAGUCGCACGUCUUCCGGGUGACAGGUCUGUCGAGGGAACUGCCCGAUGGGGACCUUAAGACCGCAUUACAAGAGGCACUCAACGACAGCUUCACAGACGACGAGAGAUCGCAUAUCAAGGCCGAGAUCACAAUAGUACCUUCAUUCUAUGAAAAUGAUAAGCAAAGGUGUCGCGGUGGCGUGCCUCAGUUCCUCCAUGAGCUGAAAGACAACCCUCUUGGAGGCUGGCAGGUCGAGAUGGGAGACGAUGACAUUAACAUUGACGGCCACUUCUUUGGAUUUACAGAGCUCUACACGCCUGGCGAAAAUGAGCCAGUAGUUGCAGACAUUAUUGCCAUUGCCGGACUAGAUGGACAUGCGUAUGGAUCGUGGCAAGGUAGAGGAAAUCUCGCUCGGAUGUGGCUCCGCGACUUCCUGUCAAAGGAUCUUCCAUAG